UCUCACAUUGAACACUUUGAGAGGCUCAGUCUCAUGUCCGUGUUUACAAGCGAAGCGUGACGUUCAGGGACUCGGCAAAAAACGUCUCCUAAUGCUGAACUGAAAACUACUUUUUUUUUAUUUUGAUUUAUAAACGUCCAAAAUGCAGUCACUGAAAGCGUUUCUCAGCGAGAGACUGACAGCAGCCGCGGAGGAGAUAUUUGGAGCUGUUGAAAAGACAAUCGCCGAGUACAAAGAGGAGGUUUCUCGUUCAAAAGAUUUAGAAAUCAGCCGUCUCAGGAUGCAGCUGAAGCUCCUCAAGUCAGAGCCUCGGUUGGAUAGGUGCCUCGGCGCCCAGCUGCAGCAGCUCACCCAUCAUCACCACCACCACCAUCCUCCUCCUCCUCCUCCUCUUCCUCAGCAGCACCAGCAGCAUCAGUCAGUCCCUGCAGUGGAGCCUCCUAAGUCCCAGCUCUGUGAGGAGGAUGGGGGCAGCAGCAUGGAGCAGGAGGAGCAUCCGGAGCCCUCACAGGUGAAGAAGGAGCAGCAGCUGAAGAGCCACAGGGAGUUCUGGAUGGGUCACGAUGCAGAGCAGCUCGAAAGCCUUGAAUCAGACAUCAAAGACUUCAUCUCGUCUCCUCCCAGCCUUAAAAGCAGCCUGCAGGACCCCACCUUGCCCUUCCACCCCUACCACAACAACCAAGGCGAGGAGAGCAAAGACAAAUCCUACUGCUGCUCUGUUUGUGAAAAGCGUUUCAGCAACUGCUCCCACCUCGCAGCUCAUAUCAGGACACACACAGGAGAGAGGCCUUACAGAUGUGAACUAUGCAGAAAGACUUUCAUCACAACGAGCGCUCUGAACAGACACCAGACGAUCCACACUGAAGGGAAACACUUUGUCUGUAAUUAUUGUGGUAAAUCCUUCAAAUGGAUGGAGUCUCUUGGCAGGCACAUGCGAAGUGUGCAUAAGAGAGAGAAUAUAUGACUCAUUGAAAAUACACCAAUGCACAAUAGAUUCUUCAUGUUGUUACUGUGUAGUAUGAUAUAAGUAUCUAUGAUAUAAGUAUUUAACACCCGAACAAAGAACGUAGUGUCUUCUCUCUAUGUUUUUAUUCGUAAAUUAUGUUGUGCAUGGACCUCAUUUAACCUUGUAAGCCAGUAAAUGAUGUGCAAAUGAAUUGCUAAAAGACUUUCACAGACAUAUCUUUUUUUAUAAAUAAGUUAUGGAAAAUGUAUUCUUACAAAAUAAAGAUGUGAAUACUC